AUGAUCAACUCCAAGAAGCUAGCUCAGCUGUCCAAGAAGUGGCAGGGGAUGGGCGCAAUUGGGCGAAGAAGGGUCACAACAGUCAACAAGGAGAUCAACCCGUCUUGCAGCUUAGUUGCAGGCAAAGGCAACUUCAUUGUCUACUCUUCCGAUGGAAAGCGAUUUGAGAUCCCCCUAGUAUACCUCCACACGACAGUCUUCGCGGAGCUCAUGAAGCUGUCUCAGGAGUUUGGUUUUGCAAGUGAAGGGAGGAUCACACUGCCUUGUGAUACGGCAGCACUGGAAUAUGUUCUGUGUUUGCUGAGGAGAGAGGCUUCCGAAGAUGUCGAGAGGGCACUCCUCAGUUCCAUAGUGAUGCCUUGCCACCACCCGAGCAGAAUGGUGCAACCACCCAAUGGAGUUAACCAGCAAUUUGCUGUUUGCAGCUCUUCAAGAUGA